UGUCGUACACUGAAGUUUGGCAGUGCAAUAAGAGACAAAGCCCUUGGUGGUCACCUUGUUAAAAGUUACGAAGUAAAUUCUAGAGAUGAUUGCGAGUUUCAAUGCUAUAUGGAGAGUGAGUGCAUGUCAAUCAAUUUUGGACUUGGUGCAAAUGGAAAAUAUUUGUGUGAACUAAGUAGCUCAGAUCACGAAUUGCAUCCUCAAGAUUUGAAACAUAGAUCUGGCUUCAUCUAUGAGCCAACCCUGGUAAGAUAUAACUGCUUAUAUAUAAAUAGGAGUUAAAUUAAUUUUUUUUGUGUGUGUCCAAGCUUUUUUGAUGAUGUGGAUGGUUAAUCAGAAGUAGUGCCGACGGUAGUGGCCGGGAUGAGUGGUCAUACAUAACCUUUUUUGAAAGGUCACCGAGAAGUUAAAACUUCUUGACUUCAGUACCUGCUGAAAAUCCUUGGUUGGUUCGUUUCGUGUUUUUAGGGGCAGUCAGUCCCUCAGUUCAGUGUUCUGUGGUAUGGCAAUAUAAGGCAUCUCUGUUUCAGUCAAUAUUACCUCAGAGACGAUUUAUUCGCGAGAAGAAGAGUUUAACCGGUUAGGUAUAAAAAUUGUCGGGAGUAUUUAUCACUGUAGGUCAUUGUAGUUGCAGAAAGACUAAGAAACUGUACGUUAUACUCUACCUUGAGUGAAACGAUGCAGUUAAAAAGCUUUCAGAGUUGACGGCUAUUUUUCAUAACCCAGCGACAAUGAUUCGCCGAUGACUUUACAUUUCGUAAGUCUGCACGAUGGGUUAUUGAUCAUCUGAGCAUAUUAUUAGGUAAAUGGGCUUUAUCGUUACAUCUGUACUGUGGAUUUAUUUUCUUUAACAAUGCAGAACUUCUGUGUUAACAAUCAGUGCUCUUCGAAUAGCCGCUGCCAAACAGGAUUUACUGACCGUGGAUACAGAUGCGUGUGUUCUGCUGGAUAUACAGGGGAAUAUUGUACUGAAGGUUAUACACUAGAUAUUUUUAUUAUGUUUUGA